AUGGACACCGAUGCCAAGCUGCCCGCAAGGACGGUGCGCCGGACGGUCGAGGACGAACCGGCAGACCGACAGACGUACGAGGAGAACCGCCGUAGGGCUCCUUACGACGAGUGGCCCAACGAGGCCGGCUUUGACGGUCUGACCGAGGAACGCGGCCCCAUCGAGCUGACCGUCCAGGGCGAAAUCCCCGCCUGGGCCGCAGGCGCCCUCUACCGGACCGGUCCCGGCAGCUGCAAGAUCGAAGACACACCCAAGGGCACCUAUCACGUCUCCCACUGGUUUGACGGCCUCGCCCACACCCACAAGUUCGACAUUGUCGCCCCCGACGCUGCCGCUCUGUCGUCCAAGACCCGCGUGGUCUACUCCUCGCGCCGCCAGUGCGAUGAACUCGUCGCCUCCAUCAAGGCCGCCGGUCAUCAGAACCGCUACACCUUCGGCCAAAAGGCCGACCCCUGCGUCGGUCUCCUCGGCAAGUUCAUGGGCGUCUUCGCAAAGGGCACCAGCCCCAACAUCUGCGUCGCCGUCAACGCCAACAUCCCCGGCCUCCUGGACGACGACAGACAUAUAAAAACACCAUCAUCGCCAUCAUCAUCAACAAAAACAACCGGCCAGGGCCACCGGAACGGCCGCCUUCGCAGCGUCUGGCUCUCCACCGACUCUAGCCCCAUGCUGGAGAUCGACCCGGCCACCCUCGAGCCCGUCGGCGUCGCCAAGCAGGACAAGCUGCACCCGGACCUGUCCGGCCCACUGUCCUGCGCCCACGCCCAGCGCGACCCGGCCACGGGCGACAUGUACAACUUCAACCUCGCCCUGGCCAUGUCCUCCACCUACCGUGUCUUCCGCACCAGCGCCGCCACCGGCAAGACCGACAUCAUCGCCACCAUCUCCAGCCCCGCCGCCAAGCCCGCCUACGUCCACAGCUUCUUCCUCACCCACAGCUUCGUCGUUCUCUGCAUCCCCUCCUCCCACCUUGCCUACGCCGGCAUGGCCGUCCCCUGGCAGCGCAAUAUCCUCGACGCCAUCGUCCCCUUCGACCCCGCCAACCGCUGCAGGUGGUACUUCGUCGACCGCCGCCACGGCCGCGGCCUAGUCGCUUCCUUCGAUACCCCCGCCGGCUUCUUCUUCCACACGACAAACGCCUUCGAGGAGCCCGCCCCCGGACCCGCCGGCGACGACGGCCUCCUCGACGUCGUCUGCGAGGCCGCCACCUACCAGAACCUCGACAUCCUCUACAACCUCUACUACGACGUCCUCCUCAACCGCAACGGCGCCGCAGACAAGUUUUGGGCAGAGAAGGACCGCGUCAAGACGGGCUACGCAAGCCUCCAGCGCUACAAGUUCCGUCUCUCGGACCCGUCCCGGAAAGAUACCACCGCCACCACCCCCACAGCCGAACCGGAACUCGUCGUCUCCAUCCCCGGCCCGCACGCCGGCGAGCUCCCCACAAUCAACCCGGCCUACCUCACCCGCCGCCACCGCUACGUCUACAGCCUCACAGACCGCGGCCUCAGCACCCUCUUCGACACCAUCGUCAAGACCGACGCCGACACGCGCGAGGCCCUCCUGUGGGAGUGCCCGCGCGCCCACACCCCCGGCGAGCCAAUCUUCGUCCCCCGCCCCGCCGGCCCCGACGACGGCCUGCCCCUCGCCGAGGACGACGGCGUCCUGCUCAGCGUCGUCCUCGACGGCACCGCCCAGCGGAGCUACCUGCUCUGCCUCGACGCCCGCUCCAUGACGGAGCUCGGCAGGGCCGAAUGCCACUUCGCCGUCGGCCACGGCUUCCACGGCAUCCACGCCCCUUCUGGUCCCGGUGCCGAGUGA